AUGCCCGGUGUUUCAGUCAUUACGACGGCUGCCGAGAAGCCCUAUUACGCCAAACGUCCCCACCGCAAGUCGAGGACCGGUUGUCGCAACUGCAAGGCCCGCAAGGUCAAGUGUGACGAAGGCCGCCCGGCCUGUCGCACAUGUACCGUCCGGAAAGAGAAGUGCGUCUACACGGUCGCAGCCACACCCAAGCCGGCCAGCAGUCCUACCACUACCGCCUCAUCGUCACCCUCACCCGGGAAUGAACCGGGUCCAGACCUCGCCCUGGUGGCCACGCACGUUGCCACUGUCCCGCAGCAGCCGCUUUUCAAACCAAGCGGUCGCGAUGAGAUCGAUAUGCGCUUGUUAUGGUUUUACACCACCGCUACCUACACCUCCUUCUCGACAAGCGGGGUGAAAGAACGUGACGUCGACGUGGUCCUCAAGGUGAACGUCGUCCAGCAUGCCUUCGCCAACCCCUUCCUGAUGGACUGCAUACUCGCCCUCUCUGCAAUGCACAUCAACUGGCUGGGCGUCAGGAGCAUGGGCAUUUCGCGCUCGCAAGAGAUUUACUACCGAGCAAAAGCCUUCGAGACGUACCGCAAAGCCGUCGCCGCCGCAGACCCGGCCACCUACCAAGCCCUGCUGGUUUGCUCCCUGCUGCUCUGCGGCCUGUCCACGCACCUCUUUCGCGGCGACGAAGCCAAGCCGCUCGCCAUCCUGGACUGGAUGAUUCUCUGGAAAGGAAUCGGCCAAAUUAUUGAGGUGAUCAAGCUCCCAGCGCUCUUCAGGUCAGGUAUCGCAGCCCUCGUCUUCCGUCCGGACGCGGACCUGAAUGCGUCGGCUCAAUGUCUCCCGGCCUACCUUCUCUUCAUGCUCGCCUCCAUUAGAGAAGGCGACCCCGAAUACCCUCUCGUCCAGGCAUACUACUGCGCCCUGCUGUAUCUCGGCUCGCUCUACCUUGAGCUGAAGAAUGGCAUCAGCCAGCUGUUGCUGCUGCGCAUUGUCACCUUCCCCACCCGCCUUCCCAACACAUUUAUCGAUGCUGCGCGCGCUAAACGGCCCGGCGCCCUUGUCAUCCUCGCUCACUAUCUCGUUUUUGUGAAGUUCAGGGUGGGUUCUUGCUGGUGGCUGGACAACAUCAGUGCCCAUGAGAUUCCCAGCAUCUACAACUUCUUGGGGCCCGAGUGGGAGCGCCUGCUGCACGUCCCCAUGGCUGCUCUGCAGCUUGACAACGACAGGGACGUCGCCAGGCUGCUGCUAGACGACUCCUCGUGGGAUAAGCCGACCAGCACAGUAGAGCUCGCCAUCAGAGCGGCCAUGGAGGACAUCGCCAAUGACCCGGAGGCGUUGAAGAAGAAGACGAUGGAGUAUGGGCUGUUUGACCCCCACAUCGCCGGCAGUCCUGUGUGA